CACACACCAAAUCUGCAUUAAAGUUGGUGAAGAACGGUGCCUCACAGUCUGCAGUUUCUUGGAGUUCUAGCGCUAAAGGAAUGGUUACUCCGAAGCCUCCAGCCAAGGAAAAUACUAAGCCACUAGAUUUCAAGCUUCACACUGAACAAAGAGCGGUUAAGCGAGCUAUGUUCAAUUAUUCGGUGGCGACCAAGCUGUAUCUCUUGGAGUUACAGAAGAAACAAGUAGAGAAAUUGCAAAAGAUGAUAGAAGAGGAAGAGGUCCGCCUGCUAAGAAAAGAGAUGGUUCCAAAAGCCCAACUCAUGCCUUUCUUCGAUAGACCGUUUUUCCCGCAAAGAUCCAACCGGCCUUUAACCAUCCCUAGAGAGCCCAGUUUCCGCAGUGCAAACAGCAAAUGUUGGAGUUGCAUCUCUGAGAACGAGGUGUAUUACUUCCAACAUGCUCAUGCUUGGAGCCCCAUCAAAUGAAUAACACAUGUCAACUUAUUUGACAACAAAAGGCAUUUCCUAAGCUGCAAUGUUGUUAAGGAAAAUGGCGUGCAUGCAUCUGCAGCAUGAUGUACAAUAUGGUUAGAGGAUGUUCCAGUGCAGUCUUUUUCCUUCUAGACAUCAAACGUGACAAGCUACAGUGACAUAAUUUCCCAUAGCCAGAAGCCAUUCCACUGGCUUUCAUGUACACAU